AUGCCAAAAAAUAAUAACAAUUCUGACGUUUUUCUGAAUUCUUUGCAACUGUUGCAAAAAUACAAUUAUUCUGCAGAAGAGCAUAUCAUAGUCACCAAAGACGGAUAUAAAUUGAGAAGUUUUCGUAUACCAAGGAAAGGGCCACCUGUGUUGCUGGUACAUGGAAUUGGUGACAGUUCUGACUGCUGGCUGGUGCUUGGACCGAAACACUCUUUAGCUUUUCUAUUAGCAGAGGCAGGGUUUGAUGUUUGGAUAUUUAAUGCAAGAGGUAAUAGAUACAGUAAAGAAUACACUAAAAAAAUUAGUCAAAGGCAGUACUGGGACUUUUCAUACGAAGAAAUAGGAUCACUGGAUGUUCCUGCUACAAUAGACUAUAUACUCUACGUAACACAUCGCUCAAAACUGACAUAUAUUGGAUUUUCUCAAGGAACAACUGUAUUUUUUGUUAUGUGCAGUAUGCUACCCGAAUAUAACUCAAUGAUUGAACAUGCUAUAUUAUUGGCACCGGUAGCAUGGAUGAAAUAUUCAAAGUUUCCUUUAAUAGAUCUUUUUUCUCGUAACUUAGACAAUUUGACGUUGUAUGCUAAAAGUAAAAUGGUGUACGAAGUUUUUCCUUUUAAUUAUAACUUGAAUAGAUAUCAUGCCAACGUGUGUCAAGUAAAUUCCCCUUUUAGAUUGUUAUGUGAACUAGAAUAUUUUAUAGACUUUGGAUUAAAAAAAAUUACGAAUCUAAUGCCAGAUCGUUUGCCCGUAAUAACUAGUCACAUACCGGCCGGUUCGUCGUCAAAGACAUUUUUUCAUUUUAUUCAGGGAUAUGCAAAUAAAAGGUUUCAAAGGUAUGACUAUGGCAUAGAAAGAAAUAAGAAAACGUACUCAUCACCAUCACCACCUGACUACAAUGUUUCAUUGAUAAGUGUACCAAUGACUCUUUUUGUUAGUGAAGUUGACUGGUUUAGUGACAAAGACGAUGUAGGCAUAUUGAAAAGCAAACUUAAGACCGUAGAUAAAUUCAUUAAUAUAAAUGAAUCUGUACAAUUCACACACCUUGAAUUUGUUUAUGGUUCUCGUGUAAAUUCUAUAAUUAACAAACCUGUGAUAAAUAUUUUAGACAAUUUAAGAAAUAGGUGA